AUGGCGCUCUUACUCGGAAUCGAAAUACCCCCAAAUACUAUUAUUGGAAACUAUCAGAUACAAGAAAAAGUUGGAUCUGGAGCGUUUUCCAUGGUGUAUAAAGUCAGGAAUCUUUCAAACAACAUAAUUUUCGCAAUGAAAGUAAUUUCAAAGGCAAAUACAACUCAAGUUGAUGACAUGAAUCAACUUAAGAAAGAAAUACAUGUUAUGUCAAUACUACGACACGAAUUUAUUACAAGUCUCUACGAAAUUUUUGAUGACAUUAAUUGCUUCUAUCUUAUUUCAGAUUAUUGCCCAGGCGGUGAUCUCAUGAGCUAUAUAUCACAAAACGUCAAGAUUGAUGAAGAGAAAGCUGCAGAAAUGUUCUCACAAAUCGCUAAAGGGAUAAAAUUUUGUCAUUCACAAGGAAUUGCACACAGAAAUCUCAAUCUCGAAAGUAUAUUACUAGAUAAAGACGACCAUAUUCGUAUUUCAAACUUCGGAUUGAGUGGUUUCAUAGGUGAAAGGAAACUGAUGGAUUCGUUUUGUACAUCUCCAUGCUACGCUGCACCUGAAUGUCUCUACCACAAACCAUAUGACGGACGUAAAAGCGAUAUUUGGUCGCUUGGUGUAAUUUUGUUUAUCAUGAUCACAGGAAAUUAUCCAUGGCAUGUUACUAACAUAAAUCAGAUGAUGAAAGAGAUUGUUGACUGUAAAUUCCAAAUUCCCGAUUUCGUAUCUUCGAAAUGCAAAGAUCUUAUAGAAAACAUACUAGUAGUUAAUCCAGAUGACCUUUUAUCGAUAGAUUCCAUUCUUAACCAUCCAUUUCUCGUGAAAUACAGCAAUUCUAAAAUAUCUGACUACCAAUCUACUCGAAAACAGUCUCUACCACCUCUUGUGCCUACUUCUGUUGUCAAGCCACCUGCUAGCGGUCGAAAGAGAUCAGGAUCUUUGACAGGGCAGCAAGGACAACACCAAAGAUCAGUUGUUGUAGGAAUUCCUAUGAAUAAGAAUGGAAAUAUACCGCCAGGUGCUAUACAAUACAGAAGGCAUAGAGUUAGCGCUGAUUCUGUUUUAUCCUCUCAUUAA